CCUCACACUGGGGGCGAGUUCGGGCAGAGUCUGAAAAGCCUUUUAAAACAAAGGUGCCAAUUACUUUGUUCGUACAUGGCCCUUGUAGGCAUAGACCUCAUCGAAUAACAACUUCACUACUUCCUUUUUCCGUCUUCUGUUACUCUCUCACUCCAAUUAUUCGUUUUCUCAAUGGCCACUGCCUCACUUUCCAAAUCCAGCUUCUCCCUUCACUCCUCCCCUUCCCACUUCCAAGAAUUGCCUAGUUUCACUUCCAAUAUUACCAUUCGACCCAACAACCUCCGCGAGUUCUUCCCUUCGCAACUCACCAUCAAACGCGUACCAAAUGCUCGUCUUUUCCCAAUUAUCAGAGCCCAAAGCUCUCCAGAUUUUGUCCCCGAUGCCAAUUUUUACAAAAUCGAAGCAAUUCUAAGACCGUGGAGAGUUCAACAGGUUUCUUCG